CCUCUCUCUUCAGAUUCCCUUGUCUUGAUGAGCAGCGAAGCAGUAGCAUAAUUGCAAUGGAGGCCAGUAUCUCGGCUUCUCUUGGCCUUCCAUCCCCAAAUCUCUGUUACACUUCAACUCUCACAGACUUCACUGGCCUCUUAAACUACUUCAACAGAAUCACUCGCUUCUCCGAUGAGACGAACAGAUUCGAGUUUCGCGACAGUCGCAUUCCCAAUCUCACAUUCGCUUCAACCUCCAUGGCCACUCAGACCCACACGAUGACUACAUCCCAGAAAUUUCUGAAACCCAGUUCAAGAAACAGGCCCAAGGUUCAAACCCUGAUGAAGAAUCUGUCGGUCUUCGAACGAGCCCUUAUCGGGGCAGCUGGCGGCGGCAUUGCCGGAGCAUUCACCUAUGUCUGCCUGCACCCGCUAGAUACCAUCAAGACCAAGAUGCAAACCAAAGGUGCGUCUGAGAUCUAUAAGAAUGCUUUCGAUGCCAUUGUUAAGACCUUCCAAACAAAGGGGAUUCUAGGGUUUUACAGUGGUGUUUCGGCGGUGAUUGUUGGUUCCACCGCUUCCUCGGCAGUGUAUUUUGGUACUUGUGAGUUUGGAAAGUCGUUCUUGUCGAGAUUCGAGAAGUAUCCUUCGGUUCUGAUUCCACCAACGGCUGGAGCAAUGGGCAAUAUAAUGUCUUCCGCAAUAAUGGUCCCAAAGGAGUUGAUCACCCAGCGAAUGCAAGCUGGAGCUACUAAAGGAAGGUCUUGGGAGGUUUUGUUGAGAAUUUUAGAGAAAGAUGGUAUAUUGGGUCUGUAUGCAGGGUACUCUGCUACAUUACUGAGAAAUUUGCCUGCUGGGGUUUUGAGUUAUUCAUCAUUUGAGUAUCUGAAAGCUGCAGUAUUGCGUACGACGAAAAAGAAUCAUUUGGAGCCUAUUCAGAGUGUCCUUUGUGGGGCACUUGCUGGGGCAAUAUCUGCUUCUCUUACUACACCACUGGAUGUGGUCAAGACCAGAUUGAUGACUCAGGUUCAUGGGGAAGCUAUGAAUAAAGUUUCUGCUGCUAUGUACAGUGGGGUUUCGGAUACUGUGAAGCAAAUUUUGAAGGAAGAAAGUUGGAUUGGGUUGACUAGAGGGAUGGGUCCUCGAGUUCUUCAUAGUGCUUGCUUUUCGGCCCUGGGAUACUUUGCGUUUGAAACUGCAAGGCUUGCCAUAUUGCACCAAUAUCUUAGACAGAAGGAAUUAAGUGAAAUUUCUGUUUCUCCCAGCUGAGUUAACGGCAUUUACGGAUUAGCGUAUAAAUUGUGGCGUGCAAGUUGGCAAAACUCAAAAGGGUGGAGUUAUAAAGAUUUUGCCAUUGCACUUUGGCUAGUUGGUGUGAGAUUGACUACUUUCGUUUUGUUGUGGAUUUUUGUUGAAAUGUUGGAAAUUUGUUGUUUAUGUACAAGGAACUUGUUAAUUGAAAUGAAUUAAAGUUGUAGGACUUUGUUUUUAUGGAUGUUGGGUAGUAUGUUUGUACAUUGUUGUUUGGUUUGUUUCUUUGGAACAUGUAUUAUGUUACGAGGUUUGAGGUUUUAAAAAGAAAAAAACAUUACUUUUAAUUCUUA